AUGGCAGAAUCGAUCAUUGAAGACGAUAAUAACGAAAACAUUUGAAGAGGAAAAUCCUAUAGUAUACUUCACGCGGGUGGGCGCAAAGGUUUUGUUCCCAAUUGCCUAAAAGUGGUCUGCAAUGAGACGUUUACUGCGGACAAAUUUGAACAGUGGCUUAAAGAGCAAUUGUUACCAAAUCUUAAAAAGCCUACUGUUAUUGUCUUCGAUAACGCGGCUAUUCAUGGACGCUAUACCAAAGCGU